CUACGGCGCUCGUGGAUACCUUCUCCAUGAUGUGUGUUUGUUGGUGAAGUUGGCAGCCGCUGUAGGAGAAUAUAUGCGGACUAACAUUCAGACUUUUAAAAAAAAUUUUCACGCCAUUUCAGUGACAAGAUGUUCAGGAAGACUGCAUGGAGGAAAACAGCUACUGAUGCAGUGAGUUUACACCAAGACCAAGCCCUUAAUACGACUAUAUUCCUCCUCAAAUCCUUUGGACCAACUAGAUUCCUACUCAGAGAGGACAGAGGGGAUCAAAACUUUAAGGUGUGCUUGGGUGACCGACAUACCUGCACAUGUCCUGUGUUCACGAGGGAGCAGGAGCCAUGCAAACACAUCUGCUGGGUUCUGCUACGGAAAUUUAGACUACCCAGAGAACACGAGUAUUCAUUCCAGCCUGGACUUGUGGAGAGACAGAUCUCGGAGGUGCUCCGUGGCUUACACCAAACCAAAGCCCACCAGAUGGAAAAUGAUCCAAGGACCCCAAGCCGCCCCAUCCCGCACCGGGAGGCUGGAAGCAUGUCCCGGAAAGUGAUCCACACCCAGGAUGUGUGUCCUAUCUGUUUGGAGAAGCUGCUGGAGAAAAAACUGCCUGUGUGUCACUGCAGGUUUGGCUGUGGUAAGAACGUCCACAUCUCCUGCAUGAAGGUAUGGGCAGACCACCAGAGACUCUCAGAUAAAGUCUCAGAUAAAGAGGAAACUGUGAAGUGUCCGCUGUGCAGGGGGGAAUUCAGCUCUUUGAUGACGCUCCAGGCGCAGGUGAAAGAAGCAGGAAAGCUCUUCACAGCUGCUGAAAGAGAGAAACCAGAGAGACACCUGGGAGUUCAGUGUAACAGCUGUCUGAUCUGCCCAGUCAUCGGCAAAUGUUUCAAAUGCACAGUGUGCCGUUACUUCUACCUCUGUGAGGGCUGUGUAAGGAAGGGCUGCCACAAACAGCAUCUGUUUGCUACUCGAAAAAAAAGAGGAGAGAAGUGGCACCUUCUGGAGGAGGACCUGAGUGAUGACCCAAAAGGAGCGACCUCUGGGGUGGAGAAGGACUACAUUCCAGUAGCUGCAGACCCGCUACCUGAAAAAAUCCUGGCCUGUCUCCCUACAAUCACGGUGAGACCUCGGUCUUGGCUCUUGUUUGAAGGACUUCAGUGUCGAAUCUGUCUGCAGGAGUUUAACCUGAAUAAUUGCAUUCGAACCCUGCCCUGCCACCAUAAGUUCCACUCAGACUGUGUGGACAGAAUCCUGCUAAAGACCAACUGCUGCCCCUUGGAUGGGUUCGUCAUCUAUAACCCUUUGACUUGGAGAAGCAGUGAAAAGAAGACUCCAGAUAAGUCCACCUCUCAUCUUUCUAGUGGUUGUGCAGAAGCUGCAGAAAAUAAUUUGAAGGACUUGUUUAUUCCUGGAGUAGCACUGAGAAACUGGAACACUAAAUCUCCUCCUACACAUGACGCUCCAAACCUGGAGGUGCUAGCUAAUGCUUCAGAGACUUUGAACACUCAGCAGGAAGUAACAUCUAAGGGUAAAAGUGAGCUGCGGAGAAAACUAACUCCAGAGAACAACAACUGCAGUACACAUAAAACAAAACAGAGCCCUACUUCAUCAAAUAAAAAUCCUGCUAUGACCGAUAUCAGAGAUCAGCUUCAGCUGAGUCUUUUUGUAGGAUUACACAGACCAGAGUCAGAUAACAUCGCGUCCUCUCCUGGACAGACUAGACCGCAACCCAGAAGGAAAGACAAGGCAAACGUAAAAGAAGCAAACAGAGAAGUUUCGGAUUUAAGAAUGACUGGAGUUGUGAUUAACACACCCCAGCAGAGAAAUACAGAGACAUAACUUUUACUUUAGUUAGUUUGAGUCAUCAUUUUUAAUGUUUGAUCCACAAUGAGCAGAAUUUUUAGAGUUGAGACUGCACUUUUUUCUUUUAACUUUGUAAACAAAAAAUAUCAAUAAACAUGAAUGUAUAACC